ACUUAAAUUCACUGUAAAUACACAGUAAAUUAUAAUGUACUGUUUCUGGUCUGUGCAGGAGAAGCAGCAGCAUCAGAGACGUCUGACCCGUCCUCCACCACAGUACCAGGACCAGCCGGGACAACCGGCCAAUCAGAACCCGUUCCCGCAGCAGCCAGUCAACCAGUUUACAGCAUCCUCUCAGCCAAUGGGCAGCCUCGGCUCCAUGGGAGGCCCCGCCCCUGGCUCCCAGCGUAUGUUCCCUCAGAACCAAGGCAUGAUGGGUAUGAACAUGAGUCAGGGCGGUGGGCCGGCAGGUGGCGUAGCUCCUCCCCCAGGGGCGAGUCAGCCCGACAUAAACCUGUCGUCCUGUGUUGGUGGAGGGGGCAGCGGAGGCGUGGACGUCCAGCAGGUUCUUUAUAACAACAUGAACCUUCACACUAACCACGCAGCGCCGCAGCAGCAGCAGCCGGGUCUGCAGCGCCAGCCUCUUGGCGCCAUGAGCGCCUCCUACAGGCAGAACUUGCUGGCUCAGCAGCAGCAGCAGCAGCACCUGAAGACGCAGCCGAACGCCGCCAUGCUCAAACAGCAGCAGCUCGCCGCUGCCGCUCGCAUGCCGGGAUCCAUGCAGAACAGCAUGGCCGCCAACAUGCCCGGUGCUCAGAGCGCCGCCUGGCAGCAGCAGCUCGCCAACCAGCCGCCGUCCAGUAACGCCGGCCUCCCGCCAAGCGCCUUCGCUAACACGCCCAACGCCUUCCACAUGCAGCAGCCGCGCAUUCCCAAGAUGCCGCAGGGCGGCGCACCCUUCGUCUCUAAUCCUGUAGGUCGUCCGAUGGUGGGCCUGAACCCCGGGCAGCAGAUGAUGCAGACCAACAUGGUGGCCGCCCAGCAGAGGGCGCCACCCAACCCGCAGAGCCUGGGGCAGCCGAUGACCAAUCAGCAGGCUCAGCAGCAGCAGGCCAACCAGAACCAGACCAUCCUGCUGGCCUCGUUCGGUCAGCCGCAGGGCAGCGGUCGCCAGGGACUGCAGUGUAACCAAGGUUACCAGGUGAGCAGGACGGCCGGUCAGCAGCAGCAGCAGGUGUCCUUCGGUUACAACAUGGCGUCCGGGAGCUUCGCCGCCGAGAGCGAGCUGGUGGACUCGCUGCUGAAGGGUCAGAGCACGCAGGAGUGGAUGGCCGACCUCGACGAGCUGCUCGCCAACCACCAUUAGUCUGACACGCCCCCUCUGCACCUGGAGCACCUGAACACUGCUGAGCUCAGAGGCGGAGCCGCCGCCUUCCGUCGCCAUGAAGAGACUGCUUCUGUGUUAGCAUUAGUCACCCAGCUAACGGGACGGGAGCAGCAGUCCAGCGGCGGUGUACGCUAGCGCGCAGGUGUCGGCUCACGGCCCCGAGCGUCUCAUAAACUCACGGUGGUCGUUUUCAAACUCCCUGAUUGGCUGAGGUGACGUCACGCUCUCAACGAGUCAGCGAGAAAAAACAAGAACAAAACGCGACAACCGCCACACGAGAGAAGACGAGGCGUUCAACGCCAAGGUCGCACAGUUGUCCCGCCGCCGCCCGAGACGCUAAAGUCCGGGGGGGAAAAAAAUCAUGGUCACAAAUGAAACGUGUGACGAGCAGAAACACCAGCGUCCGUUUAAAAAACGUUACACUUAUUUAACGUCGCAACACGACACGCGCACAUUCUGCUGACUCAUCAUGGCCGACCGCUAAAGAAGAAACAAAGUAAAGAAUGUUUCUUCUUCAGUUUCAGUAAAAACACUAACAUGGUCUGUUAUGAAGGAGGUCACGGUUACACAGACAGGAAGUACUGACAGAACGGACAGGAAGUACUGACAGGACAGGAAGUACUCAGAGACACGACUGACUUUUGUUCCUAAGUUGCAGGUUUUCAGAGUCGCGAUCAUUUCCUCUGGUUCGCGUGCGUUCAUAUGAAGUCGAGGUUUUUGCGUCAGUCCAGCGUUUGCGAACUCCUCACAUUCCGAUCCACACAGCGAACUGUCGCAACAUUUACGUGAAGCUGUGGAAAUGUGUCAUUAAAAGCUUUUAUUUUGAAAUGUUAAGCUCGUAUCUCUGAUGCUACGAGUCACAAACGCGACUGCUUGAUUUGGCGCCGACUAGUGUGACAGACGGGAACUUUGUUUUAACAAAGUAACAAUCUCCGACCUGUGACCGAUUUAGGGCGGACCUGUGACCGUGACUGAUUUAAGGCGGACCAGUGACCUUGUCUGAUUUACGGCGGACCUGUGACCGUGUGUCUGUUUUACAGUAAACCUUUGACUGUGUCUGAUUUAAGGUGGACCUGUGACUGUGACUGAUUUAAGGCGGACCUGUGACUGUGACGAUU